GCAACAAGCGGCGGCGGCGGCGGCGGCAGCGGGAGGAGCCCGAGCAGGGAAGCUUAGCGAGGUCAUUCGUUCGCAGUCCGCGUUGCUCCCCCGCAACCCGGAGCUACGCACCCAAGCCGGCCCGCUGCCGCACCCCACCCCCCUACCCUUUACCACCUCUCAUUAGAGAAGGGGGAAGAUGAGUGAAUCUAGUUCAAAGUCCAGCCAGCCUCUGGCCUCCAAACAGGAGAAAGAUGGGUCUGAGAAGAGAGGGCGGGGCCGACCCCGGAAACAACCUCCGAAGGAACCCAGUGAGGCACCAACUCCCAAGAGACCUCGGGGCAGACCGAAGGGGAGUAAGAACAAGGGGGCUGCAAAAGGCCGGAAAACCACCACUGCACCAGGGAGAAAACCAAGAGGUAGACCCAAAAAGCUGGAGAAAGAAGAGGAAGAGGGGAUAUCCCAGGAGUCUUCGGAGGAGGAGCAGUAACCAGGUCUGCUUGUAUUGCGCUACCUCAUUCCCCUUGAUGAUGAUGACGACGACUCGGCGGCCCUUUCCUUCUGGGACUAGACAGAAAAAUGUUGAUCUUCUUUAAAUCUCCACUUUUCUUUCCCCACCUUUCCUUUCUCUCAGUCUGUCCUUCCUGGUUCUGCUGGUGAGAGAAAUAACUGCUCUACCAGGGAAAUGCCUCCCCAUUCACACAUUGAACAUGUUCACACUAAUCCUGGCCACCCACUCCAUGUGGGAUUAUGCUGGGCAGGGUGGAGCAGGCAGCAAGUGGUUGAGGUGCUCUGCCUCUCCCCCCACCUCCCACAUCCAUCCAUCCAUCUAUCUACCCAUAGACCCACCCACUCUUUCCCAGGAUAGGGAUUUCUUUUGUAUUCCUGCUUCCCUGGACAGAGCUAACCUUUUGACUUAGCUGCCAACACCUGUUUCUUUGUCUCUGCCCCCUGGAAAAUGGGACCAGGGUUCCUGUUUUCCCAUCUCCCUCCCCCCUUGCCCACCCCAACUCAAGGGUUUGAGAGGGAAGGACAGAUGUCCGACUAUCUUGAUCCUAAGAGCUCAGCUUCAACCGACUUCUGUCUGGGGAUAUUCUAUAUCAUACUAUCCCUCCUACCUUUCUACCUAGUCAAGCUUGGUCCCAAGGGUGGAGGUGGGAGCAGACUUUUUACUGGGAGUUAGAAGGGGGAGCCCAAUACCUACCCUUCCCCCCCCCCCCUCCCCAUCUGCUCUACACUCUGGCAUUUCCUGAGCAUCAAACUGGAAUGGGGCUGGGCUGGAAGUCUAGGGUGUAGGGUAUGAAUUGAGAAGUAGCUAAGGGGAAGGGAGAGGGCCUGAUUCAUGUUUCCUUGCUGCUCAGGAGAUCUAGGGAGAAGGGGGACUAGGGAGAAGGGGGACUGGACAAUCCUAUUAAUUUCCCCCAAUCCUGGGCUGGCCUUCCUGGGCCUAUGAUUUUUGCCUUUGGAAUGCAUGUUUUGCAAGGAUAUUUCCUUCUCAGCCCCCCACCCCACCCCCCUCCAUCCUUUCAGAAUGCCAUCCCCCUCCCCCUAGGAGCUGGUUACAUCUUCCCUCCGUUCACAAUCUACCUCUGAACACAUUUUGUUGGUUUUCUUUUUUAAACGGUUUUGUUCUUGCAUUCUGGCUUCCAGACACUCAGCCAUGCAGUUUUGUUGGUUCUCAUGUUCACCUGCCCUCUAACCCUUCCCCAUCCACCCUGCUCAUCCUCCCCAAAUCAUCACAAGGAGGGCUUGGGGAGAUAAGAGUGGACACCAGGCCUAGUUUACUAAAAAAGUGACAUUGUUGGGGAGGUGGGCCCCAGGGGAGCUGCCCACCCCCACUUCUAUCAGUCCCUCCUUUGGUAAUCUUCAAAUGGGGAGGGUUAUGGGAAGGAGGUCCAGCUGAAGUGGGGGAAGGGGUGGUCCCAGACUGGUGUGAGGGGGGAACCCCCCCCCCACUCUGGUUUCCUAUUUGCAGUUACUUGAAUAAAAAUAAAUUCCUUUUUUUCUGGA